UGUUUGGAAUGCCCGCGAAAAGUUAACAAUACUUACAUUUUUGGAUAAAAAUCCUAGUGCUUCAGUUUGUAAUACGGCGGCAAAAUUUGAUAUACAACCCAAUCAAAUACGAGAUUGGCGAAAUAAACGUGCACAGUUACAAGCUACUUCACCACAUGUUAAACGUUUUAAUACAAGAUUCUGGCCAAAAUAUCCUGAACUCGAAGAAGAGUUAGUAGUUUGGGUUCAGGGGAAUGCGCAAUCAGCAAAAAGCUGUUACUCGUUUUAUGGUACGGAAUAG